AUGAAGUCCCAGGACAAGCAGCUCCUGCCAAAGCUGCCUCCAAAAGAGUCCUCGCCCAAGGACUCUGGCCUCAAGGCAGUUCCAAGCACACAUACUCUUUAUGUGGGCCACCUGAACCCCCAGUUCUCUGUGCCCGUGCUUGCCUGCCUGCUACGAGACACCCUAGAGCGGCUGGAGCUGCCAGUGGCCCGUGAGCACAUUGAAGUAGUGAGGCGGCCACGAAACACUUAUGCACUGGUACAGGUGGCUGCCCCCAAGGCUGCCCUGGCCUCCCUCCCCUGGCGUCUGCAGAUGGCCAUGGAGGAGCAGCUAAUCCUCAAAGAGCUCACAGCCCGUGGCAAAGAACUGGUGUUGAAUGAAGGCUUGGAAUCCUUAAACCACAGGGAGGAGAUCUUGGGCCAGGAGCAGCUAUUCCAGGGUGCCUUCCUUGGCAGUGAGACACGGAAUGUGGAAUUUAAGCGAGGCAGCGGUGAGUACCUGAGCCUGGCUUUCAAGCACCACGUACGGCGCUACGUGUGUGCCUUUCUCAACAGUGAGGGUGGCAGCCUGCUGGUAGGUGUCGAGGACAAUGGCUUGGUACAGGGCAUCCACUGCAGCCACCGUGAUGAGGACCGCACACGCCUGCUGGUGGACUCCAUCCUGCAGGGCUUCAAACCCCAGGUCUUCCCUGAUGCCUACACCCUCACCUUCAUCCCAGUCAUAAGCACUUCCACAGCCAACACCCCUCUCAAGGUACUCCGCCUGACCGUACACACCCCCAAGGCCCAGGGUGAGCCACAGCUCUAUGAGACAGACCAGGGGGAGGUAUUUCUACGGCGUGACGGAAGCAUCCAGGGCCCACUGUCUGUUGGCGCCAUCCAGGACUGGUGCAGGCAGAAGUGGACGAUAGAGCUGGGCAAGCUGGAAGAGAAGGUGAAGGUGCUAACAGUGGAAAAGGAGCAGCUUCAGCAGCAGCUUCAGCAGCGGCGGUCCCUGUCCUGCAGCUGCUGCGUCCUGUGA